AUGAACUGUGCAAUUGUUGAUGAAACAACUGCAGUUGUCAUGGAGAAUCUAUGUAUUUUGGAAAGCAAUGUAAUUUGACAGGAUACCUAUAUUACUAAAAUAUAAUUAUAUUAUUACAAUUUACUGAAAUAGUAAAUUAUUUUAAGUUUACUAAGUUUACCUAGGUAUUACUACAAGUUUUGUAAAAUUAUGAUCAUUUUGAUUGCUUGUAUUAUUUACUUGAUUUUCAACUGAAACGAUAACGGUAGUUACAUAUUAUAUAUACAUAUUUUAGUAUGAUUUUAGUUUAAAUCAUUUACGAAAGGACAACGCUAAAGUUAAGUACGCCAUGUACGCUUCUUUCGAAAGUAUUCGAAGUACUUGCGCACUUUUUCACGAAAAAAAGCAGAAUAGACCCCCUGAUUUGUCAUUGGCCAAUCUACUAUGCCGCUUAUCGUAUAGAGCAUCUGAAAGCGUUGCUGGCAAUGAAAGGUCAUUCACCAAAUUGAAAUUAGCCAAAAACCAUUUAAGAAACAGUCAAGAAAAUUUUAAGUUAAACAAUUUGAUGUUGCUUUCUUCUGAAAAAGAUUUUGUAGAUCGAAUUUCUUUAAAUGAAAUACUGUGUUUUAUUAAACGGCACAAAAUACUCUAA